UUUUCGCACAAAUCCCAUCUCUCUCUAAUACCAUAAACCACAGAGAGAGAGUGAGGUUGCAUUUCUCCCUAUCUCUUAACAAUUCUCAGAUCUAAACCCCUUCUAAACCCUUAACAAUGGCGUUGGUAGUGGAGAAGACCACCGGUGGCCGUGAGUACAAGGUAAAGGACUUGUCUCAGGCUGAUUUCGGUCGCCUUGAGAUCGAAUUGGCCGAAGUCGAAAUGCCUGGUCUCAUGGCUUGUAGAGCCGAAUAUGGUCCUUCACAGCCUUUUAAGGGGGCUAAAAUCACCGGCUCUCUCCACAUGACUAUCCAAACCGCUGUUCUUAUCGAAACCCUCACUGCCUUAGGUGCUGAGGUCCGUUGGUGCUCUUGCAACAUUUUCAGCACUCAGGACCACGCCGCCGCCGCCAUCGCUCGUGACUCCGCCGCAGUCUUUGCCUGGAAAGGUGAGACUCUCCAGGAGUACUGGUGGUGUACUGAGCGCGCUCUUGACUGGGGUCCUGGUGGUGGCCCAGAUCUGAUCGUUGAUGAUGGUGGUGACGCUACUCUCUUGAUCCAUGAAGGAGUUAAGGCUGAGGAGAUUUAUGAGAAGACUGGUCAGCUUCCUGACCCAUCUUCGACUGAUAAUGCAGAGUUCCAAAUUGUGUUGACCAUUAUUAGAGAUGGAUUGAAGACAGAUCCUAAGAAAUACCACAAGAUGAAGGAAAGAUUGGUUGGUGUUUCUGAGGAGACUACCACUGGAGUUAAGAGGUUGUACCAGAUGCAAGUUAAUGGAACCUUAUUGUUCCCUGCUAUUAAUGUUAACGACUCUGUCACUAAGAGCAAGUUCGAUAACUUGUAUGGUUGCCGCCACUCUCUCCCUGACGGUUUGAUGAGGGCUACUGAUGUCAUGAUUGCCGGCAAGGUUGCUGUUGUCUGUGGUUAUGGUGAUGUGGGUAAGGGCUGUGCUGCUGCUUUGAAGCAGGCUGGAGCUCGUGUGAUUGUCACAGAAAUUGACCCCAUCUGUGCCCUUCAGGCUCUCAUGGAAGGACUCCAAGUCUUGACCCUUGAAGAUGUUGUCUCUGACGCUGACAUCUUCGUCACAACCACCGGUAACAAGGACAUCAUCAUGGUUGAUCACAUGAAGAAGAUGAAGAACAAUGCCAUUGUUUGCAACAUUGGUCACUUUGAUAACGAAAUCGAUAUGCACGGACUUGAGACCUACCCUGGUGUUAAGCGCAUUACCAUCAAGCCCCAAACUGAUAGGUGGGUUUUCCCUGAAACAAAAACAGGCAUCAUCGUGUUGGCUGAGGGGCGUCUAAUGAAUUUGGGUUGUGCCACUGGUCACCCUAGCUUUGUGAUGUCCUGCUCUUUCACCAACCAGGUGAUUGCACAGCUGGAGUUAUGGAGGGAGAAGGCAACGGGAAAGUAUGAGAAGAAGGUGUAUGUGUUGCCUAAGCACCUUGAUGAGAAGGUCGCAGCCCUCCAUCUUGGGAAGCUUGGAGCUAGGCUUACUAAGCUCUCAAAGGAUCAGGCCGAUUACAUCAGCGUUCCAGUUGAGGGUCCUUACAAGCCUCCUCACUACAGGUACUAGAAAAGAAGAAAGAGAGUGUAAGAAAACCAUGUAUUUGGACGGCUUGAUUGUUUCAUUUACAAUUGGAUGAUGAUGAUUGUGGUAGAAUUUUAGGUUUUAAAUUUUUGUAGGAUAUUAUUAUGUGUUUGGGUGGGGAAAAGUUGGGAGGAAUGAAUGGGAUUGGUCUCUUCUGUUGGAGAAGACCACAUGGGAUUGAAUAAGGUUUUGGAUGGGAUUGUGUGGGAUGUGUAUUGUAACUGCUGCCAUUGGAGUUUUGCUGCAGCAGCUUUUCAUUUUAUUCACCCAAAAACAGAAACAAAAUGUUACUUGUCAACUUCUUUCUU